GCCAUUACCAACGUCCCUCUCUGUUUCGCUUUGUAAACUCCGCUAACGUACUCGGUACCCUACCCACCUCACACCCACUGCAUCUUAUAAGACCCAAAAAGCUCUCUGUGCUCAAAAUCGCAUGUGCUCUCUCCUUAACCAUCCUCGCAUCUUCCGCCCGCCCUCUUCCCUUGUAAUCUCAUUCUCGUCAUCAUCAGCAUUUCCCAUGGCGUAUUCUUUCGCUCUCCCUUCCGUUUCUUUCAAAAGCCUAUCUUUCACUGCCUCCGAUUCCCUCACCGGCUGCACUAGGAAUGGAAUUCGAGGGUUUGGUGUCAAAAAUCUUAGUCGAUCUAGGGUUUUUAUGAGUGUAUCUGUUGGAUCUCAAACCAUUGGAGUUGUUGAUGACUUAUUCUUCGCUAAUUACAAGCCUAACUUUGCUUUUCUAUUUCCUGGUCAGGGUGCACAAGCCAUUGGAAUGGGAAAGGACUCUCAAAGUGUGCCAGCUGCAGCCGACUUGUACAAGAAAGCAAAUGAUAUAUUAGGGUAUGAUCUUCUAGAGCUCUGCAGCAGUGGUCCAAAGGAGAAGCUGGAUUCAACUGUGAUAAGCCAGCCUGCUAUUUAUGUAACCAGUCUAGCUGCAGUUGAGGUGCUUCGAGAACGUGAUGGAGGUCAGCAGAUAAUUGAUUCUGUUGAUGUUACAUGUGGUCUCAGCUUGGGAGAGUAUACUGCUCUAGCAUUUGCUGGAGCUUUCAGCUUUGAGGAUGGACUCAAGCUGGUCAAACUGAGGGGUGAAGCCAUGCAGGAAGCAGCUGAUACUGCAAAAAGUGCGAUGGUCAGUGUCAUUGGACUGGACUCUGACAAAGUGCAACAGUUGUGUGAUGCUGCCAAUCAAGAUGUCGAUGAAGCUAAUAAAGUUCAGAUUGCAAAUUACCUAUGUCCUGGGAAUUAUGCUGUAUCUGGUGGUGUGAAGGGAGUGGAAGCAGUAGAAGCAAAGGCAAAGUCUUUCAAAGCUCGAAUGACGGUGCGGCUAGCUGUUGCUGGUGCUUUCCAUACAAGUUUCAUGGAACCAGCUGUCUCAAGAUUGGAAGCUGCAUUGGCAGCAACAGACAUUAAACCUCCAAGAAUACCGGUUAUAUCCAAUGUUGAUGCUCAGCCACAUGCAGAUCCUGCCACAAUCAAGAAGAUAUUAGCACGCCAGGUGACUUCUCCUGUUCAAUGGGAAACAACCGUGAAUACACUUCUAACCAAAGGGCUGAAGAAGGGUUACGAAUUAGGACCUGGAAAGGUCAUUGCUGGCAUUGUCAAGAGAAUGGACAAGGGCGCUAACAUUGAGAAUAUUGGUGCUUGAAGGGGUAGCCUGAAGUGCCUGAGGCACGAAAUCGAGAAUAUCGGUUCUUGAAUGCAGCUAUAGAAAUUGGUGCAUAGGAUGGUUCAAUUAUUGAAUACAGGAAACAACACAUUUUUUUUUUCUCUUAUGAAAACCAGCAGUGAACCAGUGUGAGAUUUGUCUGACCAUAUUCUGUAACUUCAAUUUUGAAUCAAGAGGAAUUGAGAUUGAAAUAAUAUUAGUUGUAUCCGGACA